AUGGAAGUAAGUGAAGUGCCCCACACGCAUCAACAAUCGAUGCAAUCAAUAUCACAACAACCAUUGCAAUCCCAGUUACCGUUGGAUUUUAGUGUUACCAUGGUGAACAUCAAGCUUAACAAUGUCAGUGCGAGUCCAAACGGUGCCAAUAGUAACAAUAAUAAUAAUAACAUCAGCUUGAUGAUCGGUAAAGGUGGAAACGCUGAAUCUGCAGCAGUAACGGAUGAAAACAAGGGAAGUUCACUGAACGGAGUUAACAUCUCUAGACCCAUGAGUCCAAACUUGUUACUAACGACGGCAAGUAAUCCGUCAGUGCACGGAAAUGGAGGUAGCAACGGCUCGUCGAUGACAAGCGCUUUCAAGGUAGUGACACCACGGGGUAAAGCCGACGCACCUACAACACCAGCAAAUGGAUUCUCGCCUUUAAUUUUCAACAACGAUCUACUGGUAAAUCACUAUCGUCGUUUGCUGCAUCCAGUAGUGGCGGGCGUUCCACGACUUCCGAAUGGUGCCAAUGGUUACAAUGAUGUGCCUGACAAUUCAUCCAAAAUGAGCCACAGAGACGAAAUCAAGUUUGGAGUGAGCCGUCUGGUCAAAAACGAAUCGGAGGAUGAAGACAACAACAAUGUUUAUCAUCACCCUUCUCAUCAUACUCAGCAACACCUACCACCGCAUGCAACCCAUCUGCAGCAUCAAGCCUUGAACGGUCAGAAACUGUCGACCCUAUCGAGUGGAUAUGAUUCAAGCGCCCUUAGCAGCCGAUCGCGUUCGAGGAGUAGAUCGAGAUCACGUGAUCGCUCUACGCGUUCGCGAUCCUCUUCCAUCGAGCUGGAAGUCGACUCACCUCCCCCACCGCGAAUCAAUCCUUCGCCAACGACAGAAGUUCCACAUGUACCAAAAAACUCCGAAGCCUUCUCGGUGUCGGCUUUGCUGAAGCGAGAAGUUGAACCCAAAUCGAAAUCUCCACUAUCGAACGGAUCAUUCGAUGCGAUUAGGCCAAACUACACACAAUUCUACGAACAAAGCAUCCUUAACAGACCCUUGUUUCCUCCGUUUCCGUUCUUUGCUAUGCUGCAGCAGCAAGGACAUCAACUGAAUCCCGCUUUGGCAAACUAUCAUCCAUCUACACCGGAGGAUAUACUGCGGUUACGUCACUUCAUGACACAAAAUGCCGCGGCUGCAUCGGCCGGUGCUGGUGGAGCACAUUUGGACUUCAGUCAUCCACAUCAUCCACACCAUUUGCUAAUGCGACCAGAUGUACAUCCUCGAAGAACACACAAUGGAAAACGCCCGUACGCCUGUGAGUUGUGCAACAAAUCGUUUGGACAUGAAAUAAGUUUGAAUCAGCACAGAGCUGUGCACAAUGUAGAGAAAGUGUUCGAGUGUAAACAGUGUGGAAAAGCCUUCAAACGUUCCAGUACACUAUCGACACACCUGCUAAUUCACAGCGACACACGGCCGUAUCCUUGCGGGUUCUGUGGGAAACGAUUCCACCAAAAAAGUGACAUGAAGAAGCACACCUACAUACACACCGGCGAGAAACCCCAUAAAUGCCAGGUGUGUGGGAAAGCCUUCAGUCAAAGUUCGAACCUCAUCACGCACUCUCGCAAACACACCGGCUACAAACCAUUCCAGUGUGAGCUGUGCCACAAAGCAUUCCAACGGAAGGUAGACUUGCGUCGCCACAAGGAGACGCAGCACACGGAGAUUCGUACUAUUGUCAACUAA